CGACAACAUUGGAAAAAGCGGAUUCCACGUGACAGCGCACCUACCGCGCAUCUUCCCGGAGCUAAAUUCGUCAUCGCGACAAGUCGAAGGUGGCCUUUUGAUGAGCCAGUGUCAAGAUGCGCAAAGGAAGAAUUAACACUCCGAAUCAGAGCUUUUGAAGUCCGAACUGCUAUCAAGCCAACAUCACGUCUGACGAACAUCUCCUUCUGCAGAGUCCAAUUGAAUGACUUGGCGACGAUGCAUUGAUAUUCAGUUCUAUGUACAUAACGAAGUGAAUCCGCGGAAACAUUCACAUGCCAGAUCUCACGUGCUAGUCAUUUCCAAUGCAGUUUCUCUCAGUGCUGGCAUGGCUAUGCCUGUUCCCACUGUUAGCGCUCGGCGCUGAAGAUUACUACAAAUUGUUAGGCCUCAGCAAAGGUGCAGACGAGCGACAGAUCAAAAAAGCGUACCGAUCCCUCUCGAAAAAAUUCCAUCCCGACAAGAACCCCGAUGACGAGACUGCGAAGCACAAGUUCGUUGAGAUCGCCGAAGCAUACGAAAUCCUAAGUGACAGCAAUCUGCGCAAAAUCUACGAUCAACAUGGCCACGAAGGAGUUAAGCAGCAUCAAAAAGGCGGCGGCCAAGGAGGAGGUCGAAAUCCGUUCGAUCUUUUCAAUCAAUUCUUCGGUGGUGGAGGACACUUCGGUCAAGGCCAGCGCAGAGGGCCGAACAUGGAAGUGCGCAUCAGUGUUCCGUUGAAAGACUUCUACAAUGGCGCAGAGCACGAGUUCAAAGUUAAAAAGCAAAAGAUAUGCGAUAAAUGUGAAGGCAGCGGCUCAGAAGACGGACAACGCGAACAGUGCUCGCGGUGUAGCGGCCACGGCAUCAUUCUCCAAAAACAUCAACUUGCGCCAGGUAUCUUUCAGCAGAUGCAAAUGCAAUGCGACGUCUGCGGCGGGCGUGGCAGCACAGUCAAACACAAAUGUAAGACGUGCAGAGGCGAGCGCGUGAUACAGUCCGAGGAGGUAUUCGACAUUGUCAUCGAGAAGGGUACGCCGCGCGGACACCGCGUGAGCUACGAAAACGAAGCAGACGAAUCGCCGGAUUACGCGGCUGGCGACAUCAUCGUGCAAAUCAUGGAGAAGACGGCGGAGAUUGAUUCGGAGCAAUCCGGACGUGUCGACGGUGCAUUUUUUCGCCGCAAGGAUCAAAACCUCUUCUGGCGAGAAGUCUUAUCGCUUCGGGAAGCUUGGAUGGGCGAGUGGACUCGUAAUCUCACACAUCUCGAUGGCCACAUUGUACAGCUCUCGCGGAAACAAGGGCAGGUUGUACAGCCAGGCACCGUUGAGAUUAUUCCAAACGAGGGCAUGCCGGCGCACAAUUGGAGAGGCGACGGAUCGGAAUUCGGUGCUCUGCAUGUCGAGUAUAUCGUCAUUUUGCCUGACCAAAUGGAUAAAGCUAUGGAGAAGGACUUUCGGACAACAUGGGACAAAUGGCGAAAGAAGAACGGUGUAGAUCUGCACAAAGACAGCGGACGGCCGGACCGGAAGCAUGAUGAACUAUAGAGGGAUGUUUUUGACGAUGUAUAAUGUCGUACUUUAGAAGAGCAUAGAUGUUGAUUCAGUUUCUAGAUUUUUCUUUGCCGUAGGCCAUAUGUCGUUCAUGUUGAGAUUCACCUUGUCACAGACAGACUAGUGUUGUGAUCCCAUUGGGGUUGGCACAUACUUCAUGGGAUGCUAUGAAUUCGUCUAUCGUACAUCCUCAGAUGGUGUUCUGCUAUU